AUGCUUAUUGUUCUCAAUAUGACACUUCUGACAUCUGUACAUGUAAUCGGUUCGAAUAUGAUCCCGCCAGAAAUUGAUCGGGUUUGUAUAACACUCCUUCCAACGUCUCGUGCCAUUCACGCUGCGAUUUUACCAUCACCCGUAUUCUCUAAGAGACCUUUAGAGGAAACCGUGAACGAGGUAUUCUUGCCAUCCGAUAGUGUGGCAUCGACGGUGUGUAAACCGCUCUGGGAAGAUGGAGAACUCGGAUUGGGGCUGCGGAGAAGCGAAGCUGGACCAUGGCAGACCAGAAAACAAUUUGGUGAUAGACUUAUUAACUACGAUUUGAUCACGCUCUGCUACUACAGCGAGGGCAAAGCCACGAACGAAAGUUUGCUUGCGCCCGAGGAGAGAAAAGUGGAUGGCAAUUCAUCGUCUAUCGCCACCACACACCUUGGCCUUACUUCACAGCUUGUCGACAAAACUGGCGGUUUUCCGAAACUCAUUUAA